AUGUUCUUCAACAAGUCCACCGCUACGGCCGCGGCCGCUUUUGUUGGAGUUGUCAUCGCCCUUGUGGAUGGAGCUGCCUGCGCUGAGAAUCAAGUCAACGCCCUUCAUAAGCGUGACGAUGGAGUCUGGACUACCGUGUCUCUCACCACUACCGUCUACGGCACCACUACCCAGACCGUCCAGUUGACUGCCGCCGAGGUGACGAGCACCUCUUGCCUGACUACCACCUAUGAGACUACUCUCAGCCCUGCUGAUGCCAAGACCGAGACUGGUUCCCCCGUUGAAGGCACCUACUCAUCCGCCGCCAGCUCUGAGGGUUUUGCUACUACCGAGACGUCUACCAGUGUGUCUUACGCCACCGAGACCGCCACCAUCGACACAUCCAGCAGUGAGACUUCCACCAGCGAAGCUUCCACUACCACUGACGUCACCGUCGUCGUUCCGGCCUCGACUGUUAUUGCUAGCACUAGCACUGACUUGAUCACCUCUCACGUCACCGUCACUAUCAAGAGCGGCACCCUCACUUCCACUAUCUGGGCUACCGCUUCCGAGACCCUCAGCGUUACCAUUCCCAGCAGUGGCUUCCCCUUGCCCAGCUACAACUCCACGGCUACCACUGUGGCCAGAACCACGUACACCAACACGACCACCGUUGGACCUGCCACCAGCUUCUUGUCUUCUUACACCUACCUCUCCUCCAGCAGUCCUGCCUCAGAUGCCGUUACCACUACUGGCUACGGUAGCCCUAUGGCGUCUGAGACCGUCACUGCUGGAGCUUCCGUCAUGGAGGCCAGCAGUAUCCUCGGUCUCUUUGGUUUCUUGAUGGCUCUGUUGGCAUAG